AUGACUACGACCAAGACCCCGCCGGCCCAGCUGCCGGGCUCGGCGCUCCUGCGCAAGAAUCUCCGGAUUGCCUGCAUCCAGCUGGCCAGCGGCGCCGACAAGGCUGCCAACCUGGCGCACGCCCGCGACAAGGUGCUCGAGGCGGCCAAGCUGGGGGCGGGUCUUGUUGUGCUGCCCGAGUGCUUCAAUUCGCCGUAUGGGUGCGAUUACUUCCCGUCGUACGCCGAGCCGCUGCUGCCGUCGCCGCCGACGAAAGAGGCGAGCCCGAGUUUCCACGCCCUGUCGGCCAUGGCCAAGGAGGCCGGCGUCUACCUCGUGGGCGGGUCGAUCCCGGAAUCGGUGGAGACCAAGGACGCCGUGCGGGACGACGGCAAGACCUACUACAACACGUCCCUGACGUUUGGCCCCGACGGCGCGCUGCUGGCGACGCACCGCAAGGUGCAUCUGUUUGACAUUGACAUCCCGGGCAAGAUCAAGUUCAAAGAGUCGGAUGUUCUCUCCCCGGGCAACAAGGUGACGAUUGUGGACCUGCCGCCGUACGGAAAGAUUGCCGUGGCCAUCUGCUACGACGUCCGGUUCCCCGAGCUGGCGACCGUGGCCGCACGCCAGGGCUGCUUUGCACUCGUCUACCCGGGCGCCUUUAAUACGACGACGGGCCCGCUGCACUGGAGGCUGCAGGGCCAGGCCCGCGCCAUGGACAACCAGGUGUACGUGGCGUUCUGCAGCCCGGCACGGGAUCUGAACGCGUCCUACCACGCUUGGGGCCACAGCUUGGUGGUAGACCCGAUGGCCAAGGUGCUGGUGGAGGCCGACGAGAAGGAGACCAUUGUGACGGCCGAUCUCGAUGCCGACACCAUUGAGUCGACGCGGAGCAGCAUUCCGUUGCGUGACCAGCGGCGGUUUGACGUGUACCCUGACGUCAGCGCAGGCAAGGUGCGGUACGAGGAAUAA